UCCGGACUUUGCUAACCUUGAAAGCGUUAAAUUGUUGAAGUGGUUAUUCAUUUACUAUUUCUUGCGCUAUGUUAAAACUACACUGCUUAUAGCAGGUACAUUAGGUGUGAAAUUAUAGUGAAUUUUCACUUUGUCUGAUAUACAUCACCAUGGAGGUUAUGGAAAUGAAUGGAGAACUAGAGACUCUUCGUGACGAGGCUCACAGACGUCCACAGCAGCAGGCCGGCCCCCUCAACAUGAACCACUACGCUAACAAGAAGAGCGCGGCAGAGAGCAUGCUGGAUGUAGCCUUGCUGAUGGCCAAUGCAUCACAGCUGAAGACUGUCAUGGAGGAGGGGUCUGAUUUUACCUUUUACUAUGCACUAAUCGGGCUUAUCAGCAUCUCCCUCGCCCUUCAGAUCCUGGUGGGCAUCCUCCUCAUCUUCAUUGUGAAGUGGGACCUUAAUGACGAGCAUAAGCACCACAAACUGAAUGUUCUGGAGAACCUCACCACAGCGCUGAUCUUCCUCAUUGUGGUGGUGAACAUCUUCAUCACCGCAUUCGGUGUCCAGAAGCCCACAGGACGGUCAGACGUGGGUUGAGCUGUCUGACCAUUUAGCAGAUGUGUGCUUCCAUGACUCCCUAAUUCAGCAAGGUCCUUCUUGUUCUGCCCUUUUCCAAGAACUAAUGGAGAACAGAAUCUGAUUUCAGCAGAGGAUGGAAUGACUCAUCAUAAACAACAAUGUCACACAUUUUAUAGACUGCCACACUGAUUGUUUUUCUUGCUUUUUCUACUCUUGGAAAAAAAUUGUCAGUGGUAUUUUUCAUUGUUUGCAAGAUCAGAUUUGCAUAUCAAGACAUCACAGUUACUUUGAUAGUUUCAAAUAUUUUAUAUAAUGUCUGUGAAGCAAUGUCUACUCAGGUUCUUCUACAGUAGGAAUCAUAAACAUUAGAUACCUAGUAGGCCCAGAAUCACAGUAACCCUGCAUAGGACAAGUGUAUAGAAAAUGGAUGGAUGGAUGGAUGGAUGGAUGGAUGGGGACACCAUGAAAUACUUGAAAACCAUUUGUUAUUACCUCUUGUUGAAGCUUUGUAUGAGAAUAAUUCCUUUUAAUGGAAACUAACUAAUGUAUGUUCAGUCGCUAAAUCACUAUGUAUAUCACUUUGCAUCAAUACAUCGAUAUAAUUUGCAUUUUGAAAUGCAUUACAUGAGAAUUACAUGCUAUUUACAUGAUUUAUUUGUAAAAUUGAGUCAAACUAUUUAGGCCUACAUGUUUACAAUAUUUAAAAGGUUUUGUGUUAUCUUUACCAUCCUAUUCAAAUGGCAUAUAAUGUACUCUAUCUUAUAAAGUUUAUACAAGAUUUGUGUCAUGCCAUUUAGACUCCAUAUUUAGAUAUAAACCCAGAAUGAAUAUAACAGGUCUACAUAUUAGUAUUAGCAUAAAAAGCAAACUAUGUAUGUAUAUGAAAGUCACAGACACUGAUAACUGCAUUUGGUGGCAUGGUAGCUCAGUGGGCAGUGAUCCAGGGUUCAAAUCCUCCCUUUGCCCCUGUAUGUAGAGUGUACAUUUACAUUUGUUUCUUCUGGUUACUCCUGGGUUUCCUCUCAUGAUGCAAUGACACAUAGUGUAUGGUUGUGCAUACAUUGUACAUGCCAUAUGAUGGACUGGCAUCCUAUCCAGAGUGUACCCCUGUGUUUUGCUGUGAUGUCUGGAAAAGGCCCCAGAAGGCCAUGUGACCUUUCUCAGGGUAAGUGAUUGGUCGAAGGAGGGACAAUAAAUAUUUGAACUUGCAGCAAUGAUAAUUACUAGGUACUUAGAAAGGAAAAAUGAACAUUGGUUGAAGCUUUACUUGCAUGUUCUUGCAGAGUGGACAUGAAAGAACUACCCACUUCCUCGUUGAAAGUAUUAUGUAAAGAUAUGAUGAAAUCUGUUAUUGGUCUGUUAACUGCUUGGCCAACUCAGGCAUUUACUGACCAAAGGGCUCCCUGUGAGCUGGCCCAGAACUACACAGCGAGAAGGGAGCUUAAUAUCAAAGUUUAAGUCCAUUAAAAUAUAUAAUCUGUCUACA